AUGCAUAGUGCACGAAUAAACAGUAAUGCAAGCACUAAUUUAUCAUUGAACUUUUCAAGGCCCCUGACUGAGAAGUUGUUGUUGUUGCAGAUCCUGGUUGGAAGUUUCCUUUACAUAAAUUGCUUGAUGAUAUUUACAUUUCUGAAAAAGGAUUUUUUUAGAGAAGAAACCAGAUAUAUUUUGUUUGCACAGACACUUUUUGUGGACACUGCUUUCAUAUUGGUAUCGGACUUGCUUUCAGUCGAAACUUUUUUACAGUACCCUGUAAACAUGGUUAUUUGUUCUUUCAUUAUUCUAAUUAUGAAUUAUUUUACAUGCUGUACACCUCUGACUUUGGUAGCUAUGUGUCUGGAACGCUAUGUGGCUGUAUGCAUGCCUUUGAGACAUGCAGACAUCUCCACAAGCAAGACAAGAUUAUAUGGGCUUGUUAUCAUAUGGAGUAUCAGUUCUAUAAUUCCAGCAUUCAGUUUUAUAGGAUUUUGGGUGGCAGCCCCAACUGUUACUCUGUACUCCAAUAAAGUGUGUGAUGCAGAGAUCUUCUCAGUCAAUGAAUGGCAGGCCCAUGGUUGUGCUGCAACAUAUGUUAUACUUUUUAUUUUGAUGGUCAGUGUCAUUGUUUUUACCUAUAUCAAAAUACUGAUUGCAGCCAGAGCUGCUGCUUCUGAGAAAAAUAAAUCAAACAAGAGCCUGAGAACUGUGCUGCUUCAUGGUGCUCAAUUGUUUUUGUGCAUGAUGCAGUUUUUUAACCCAUAUAUGGAAAUGGCAUAUUGGUAUGUGGAAGAAAUGACACUUAGAAAUAUAAAAUAUUCAAAUUUAAUAAUUUUUUUGUUUGUACCACGUAGUCUUAGUCCAUUAAUUUAUGGUCUGAGAGAUGAAAAAUUUUACUAUGUUUUGAGACAUUAUGCUUUGUGUGGUACAAACUACCUUUUCACAACAUUAAAUGAAAUCAAACAAUUGAAAACAAGACCAACUUAA